CCGUCGAGCGCCCCCUGCAGGAGCUCCGCGAGAUGAUUCAUUUCUCUCUGAGUGCUGCUGCUGCUGCGGACGCAUGCAAACACUCUCGAGUCCGGUUCAGCUGCUGUGUGUUCGUCCGUCCCUGUCAGAGCCGAACCGAGCCGGAUCAUGCUCCGCUCCUGCUGUGUUUACGGCGCAGGGGUCCUCUGCGUUCUGCUGUUAGUCGCCGGGAUCGCGAUGGCUCUGGCGCAGGUCUUCCAGAAGCUCAUAAACAACACAAUAAAAGAGCAAGUAGUUCUGGAAAAUGGAACGGAGGCGUUUUCGGUGUUUCAAAACCCACCGCCGCCGGUUUACAUGCAGUUUUACUUCUUUAAUCUGACCAAUCCUGCAGAGGUUCUGGAUGGAGACAGACCCGUCGUCCUGCAGAUCGGCCCGUACACGUACAGGGAGUAUCGGCCGAAGGAGGAAGUGAAAUUUCUGGACAACGGAACCAAAGUGGAGGCUGUUAAUCCGAAGACAUACGUGUUUGAGCCCAACAUGUCACGCGGCUCUGAGGACGACAUCGUCCGAACAGUCAACAUCCCCGCUGUGACCGUGAUGGAGAAAGCCAAAGGUAGAUGGUUUGAAGGCUUCGUCAGUGCCUUGAUGAAAUCAAACAACAUCGGUGUGUUUGGGACGUUCAAGGUCGGUGACCUGCUGUGGGGUUACGAAGAUCCGCUGCUUAAAUUAAUCCAAAAAUUUAUCACAAUGGAUGACCACUUCGGACUUUUCUAUAAGAAAAAUGGCACCGACGAUGGUGAUUAUAUUUUCUUCACGGGGAAGCAGAAUUAUCUGGACUUUGCUCGUAUAGACGAGUGGAACGGACAGAGUACAUUGAACUGGUGGAGUACAGAAGGCUGUAACAGGAUCAACGGCACUGACGGAGCAUCUUUCCAUCCAGUCAUCACAAAAACAGAGAAACUCUAUAUAUUCUCCUCUGAUCUGUGCAGGUCUAUAUAUGCCCAGUACGAGUCUGACGUGAGCGUACGAGGGGUUCCCGGUUUCCGCUUUGUCCCACCCAGCGAGGUUUUCGCCAAUCGUACAAUUAACCCGGAUAACGCAGGCUUCUGUGUGCCGGCCGGGAACUGUCUCGGCUCCGGCCUCCUCAACGCCAGCGUCUGCAAAGAAGGUGCGCCCAUCAUCAUGUCCUCCCCUCAUUUCUACCAGGCAGAUGACAGAUUCGUCCAGGAUGUGUUCGGGAUGAAUCCCAACAAGGAGGAGCACGAGACGGUCAUUGACGUCAACCCGCUCACUGGAAUGUUGCUUCGGGGUGCGAAGCGUGUUCAGGUGAACGUCUACCUGCAUCAGAUCCAGGGAUUCAGUCAAACUGGCAAGAUCCGGACGCUGGUGUUUCCAGUGAUGUACCUUAAUGAG